GGGUCUGUAUUUCUUACAUUUAAGUGGGUGGUUUAUAAUUCUACGUUCUGUAAUAGAGGUAGGGAGUGAGUGAGUGGAAAUAGUAAAUUGGUAAUUGAUAAAUUCUCCGAAAUUUGGUGUUGUUUUCUCCUAUGGCUUUGUUACACGUUUGUUUUAGAGAGAAAAAACGAAGCGACUGUUCAACCUUGUUCUCAGUGUUAUUUCCUUACAUUGGGACCCGUUAUUACGGAGCAGGCAAAUUUAUCAACAAAAGCAAAAUAAUGGUUGAUUGCCCACAUGGGACAUGCACUUAUUAAAUAUGCAUAUUUUUUUUGAAAUAUUUUAUUGUCAAAAUUAUUAAACUUUGUUGGUCGUAGCAAGUCGUCUUGUCCGAGAGUUGCUCUUUUUGUUUCUCGUGUGUGUAACACGGACAUUAGAUUAAAGAAUCCCUGGAAACGAGCUUGAUUAUAAAACAUUGUUUCUUUCCAUUUUGCUGACGUAGACAAAACUAAGGUUAAGAAAGCUUCUUCUUCUUCUAAUCUAACUAGAAUAAAAAUAGAAAGAAAAAAGGAAAAUUUUGCUUAAUUAAAAGCAAGUUUAUAAUCUCAAACAGCCCAGUAACAAAUUCCAGGUAUUAAAAUUUUUGUUUUGAAUCGGAACGCUGUCAACCUAUAGCUUUGAGUUUAAAAUUUAGAAAUUGAGACUGAUUUGUUCUAUUGUUACAUCCAUGGAAAUCACACUCCAAAUCUUCUUUAGAACAUAAAAAUGAAAUGCUUGUUAAAAACUUUAAGCAUGGUUGUCUUUCUGAGCUCGGUGCAGUGUAGUGUUACCGUUACAGGAAUUAAAGGUAGGAUUAAUUACGAUGAAAAAGCUCCAGAUCGUAUGCCAACAAACUCAUGCUUAGUAAAGAGACUAAUACAUUCAAUAGAUGGAAAACAAGACGUGCGUGAAACAAAGGUGGAAGAAAAGCCGUCUAAGUUUAUCGAUGAUACUUAUGAAUUUAAUUUUACAAAACCAGAUAUGGUGGAAUCAAAGGAAUACUAUCUCGUACAAAUUGUGUUAAAUGUUGGAUGGUGCUCAAAGGAUGGAAAGACAAACAAGUCAAAGGAUUUCACAUCUGGUAGUGCAGACCGUAAUCGGGUAAUUCUUAAUGGGAAAGUAGAAGAUGCGAAAAUUGUGGGACCAAAAGUUAAAUUAAGACCAGCAUCAGAACCAGAACCAGAUCCUACUAAACCAACAACAACAAAAAUUACUAAAAACACAACUAAUAAACCUGGCAGGAAAACAACGGAAUCGAGUGGAUCAGCUAUUGUUAAUGUUUAUUGUCCACGUCAGUGCCCUACACCAUGCCCCUCUUAUGGUUGCCCUGCUGGUUGCUGUGUGCAGCAAGCACCAAUUGUUCCUCCCCCACCUCCCCCACCCCCUCUUCCUCCGCCUCCCCCACCAGCGCCUCCUCCACCUGUACCAUUAUUUCCACCCCCACCGCCGUCAUGUCCCCCAGCGUGUACACCAAACGUUUACGACACCUUUCAAUGCUAUCGUGGAUGCACCAUUAUUCAGCCAUGCGACUACCCAAACUGUCCUCCUACUUGCUCUCCGCAGUGUGCUCAAACAUGCAGUCCAGCCUGCAACACUCAAUGUUGCAAUAAUCGACCUGCUCAUUUUGGAUAAAACAGACGUGGUGAAGAUAGAAUGGUAUAGUGUCAUGUCAAGCUUUAUGUAAAUAGAUUAUAUAAUUUCCUCAAACUUUUAAACUUUCAGUAUCUACACUAUAUAUCUCAAUUUUGUAUUAUUGUAAAAAAGACAGUUUAUAACUGUCAUAAAAACUA